CCCGCCCAGGCGGGCGUGUUGGAAGGAGAUGGGUCUCUGGCCGGGCGACAAUUUGUUUGGAGGUCGACAGUGAAAAUGUUGGCGCUUUUAGGGCGCGCUGCGAUUUAGAACGAGGGAGGAGAAGGCUGUUAAAACUCAGCCCUCAUUACAUGUGUGUAUCAUUUCAACCCCAGAUUAACUGCUCUGGAGUGGUAAACAAGCAGGGCAGGAUUAAAGGAGGGGCAGUGCUUUUGGCUUUUAUGUUUAUGUUUCCACGAUGGAUAGAAAAAAGGAUUUCCCGAAGCUCCGGUUCACCUCAUUGAAGUCUGGCUGUUUGGUGAGGCCUGUAGCUCCCACAAAGCUACCUGGACGGUAUCUUGCCCAUCAGAAAUCUUUGCCUCGGCUGCCAGUUCCUCCUCUCCAACAGACUCUCGAACGCUACCUGCUGGCCGUGGAGCCCAUUGUCAGCCAAGAGGAGUUAGAAAAUACGAAACAGAUUGUGAAAGAAUUUGGUCAAAAGGGUGGAGUAGGCGAGAGGCUUCAAGCAAGCUUGGAAAGACGAGCAAGGAAGACUGAAAACUGGCUCUGUGACUGGUGGUUAAGGACGGCCUAUCUGGAAUACAGGCUUCCUGUGGUAAUCCAUUCCAGUCCUGGUGUACUGCUACCGAAGCAGGAUUACUAUGACCGUCAGGGGCAGCUCAGAUUUGCAGCCAAGCUGAUCUCUGGUGUUCUGGACUUUAAGGCCAUGAUUGACAAUGAGACCCUUCCUGUGGAGACUCUGGGAGGGAACCCACUCUGUAUGAACCAGUAUUACCAGAUUCUGUCAUCUUGUCGUAUCCCAGGCUCCAAAAGUGAUUCUGUCGUCAACUACAGUCAGACUAAAAAGCCAACGCACAUAACCGUGGUGCACAACUUCCAGUUCUUUGAGCUGUUUGUGUAUAACAGUGACGGGACCCCCCUGACUGUCGAUCAGAUUUACAUGCAGCUGGAGAAGAUCUGGCACUCAUCACUGCAGACCAACAAGGAGCCAGUCGGGAUCCUGACCAGUGGCCAUCGGAAUAGCUGGGCCAUUGCUUAUAACAAUCUAAUUAAAGAUAAGGUUAACAAAGAGUCUGUGAAAUGCAUCCAGAAAAGUAUCUUCACAGUCUGCCUGGAUGCCCCGGUGCCAAAGGUAUCGGAUGAUCUCCACAUGAGCCACGUGGCAGCGCAGAUGUUACAUGGUGGUGGAAGUCGGUGGAACAGUGGAAACCGGUGGUUUGACAAAACCCUGCAGUUCAUUGUCGGAGAGGAUGGAUCUUGUGGGUUGGUUUAUGAGCAUUCUCCAGCAGAGGGACCACCCAUCGUUGCUUUGCUGGAUCAUGUUUUUGAGUAUUGCAAAACCUCGGCGAUGGUUCGUUCUCCAAUGAUUCCAUUGGCCAUGCCUCGGAAGCUCCGUUUCAACAUCACGCCUGAUAUAAAGAGAGACAUUGAGAAAGCGAAACAGAACCUCAACAUGAUGGUGCGUGAUGUGGAUAUAAAAUGCUUCGUGUUCCAGCAGUUUGGAAAGGACUUUGUGAAGUCGCAGAAGUUGAGCCCAGAUGCCUUUAUCCAGGUGGUCCUGCAGCUGGCUUAUUACAGGAUUUACAGGGAACCGUGUGCGACCUAUGAAAGUGCUUCCCUGCGGAUGUUUCACCUUGGGCGCACUGACACUAUCCGCUCAGCAACUGUUGCAUCGUCCAUCUUUGUCAGGGCAAUGGAUAAUCCACAGGUCCAGAACCAGGAAAAGGUGGCAUUGCUGAAGAAAGCUGUUCAGGUGCACAGAGCCUACACUGAUGUGGCCAUAAGAGGUCAAGCCAUCGAUAGACACCUGUUGGGUCUUAAACUUCAGGCUAUCGAGGAUCUGGUUCGAAUCCCAGAGAUCUUCAUGGAUACGUCGUAUGCUGUUGCCUUUCACUUCAAUCUAUCGACCAGUCAGGUACCUGCUAAAACAGACUGUCUCAUGUGCUUUGGGCCUGUUGUGCCAGAUGGCUAUGGUGUGUGUUACAACCCCAUGAAAGAUCAUGUCAACUUUGCAGUGUCUGCUUUCAACAGCUGUGCAGAGACCAAUGCAGCAAAACUGGCUCAUUACCUGGAACAGGCCUUGGUCGAUGUGAAGGAGCUGCUUGUACAGACACCCAGCUCAAAGCUCUGAAACAGCCAGGGCUCACUCCACAGUCCUGGCCCACCCCCCAGCAAAGAUGCCAACUUCACUUCACUGCAUCUUGGUCCCCAGCUUCCGUUGUCUGUUUCUGCAGGCAAGGACAAAGGAAAAAGAAAGGUUUAAAUUCUAGCUGAGGAAACUUGGACUUUGUUAAAGCUACAAUACUGAAGAGGAUUUCAGAAAGCAAGGUUAUAGAAAAUGGACCAGAUUUUUUAAAAAAAAGUUCAAGAAAAUCAAGUUAAGGGAACAAUCAAUUCCUCUGACCAUCAGCCUCCACCCACAAACCCCAGCAGAAAAGUACUGGAUAACAACAAUAUUUGAAUCUAAAUAACAUUAAACAGAGUCCACUUCAGAGGGAUAUUAACAAGAUUAGGCUUAAACACCAAACCACAAAACCAGAUAUUCAGUCAGUUGACCAAAAUCUUGGUCAGGAUUUCAAGGACCAUUUUUCAUCAGAAAGUGAGAAGGGAGGAAAUUACACACAGAGUCCAGAAGCUAGACAGUUGAAGACACUGGUAGGAUGAUUCAAACUUGAAAACAAGAUGCUCUAUCACAAACUGGAUUCUACAACAAUCUGUAAAGGAAUCACCAGCCGAUUUCAAUAUUUCUCUCUCCUUUUCUACCGUUGAGAGAGACAGUUUGGUCAGGUGUUUAUUUUGUAGGACGUGACAUGAAAUGCACAAAUUAGUUUUGGGAGCCCAAAUGGUGAAAUGGCAGGCAAAUGAGAACAGCUAAGCCAAGGAGAAAGCCAAAGCCCAAGCCCAACAACACCAAGACCCAGUGGGUGCAACAACAAUGAAAUGCAAAGAGAAAAAGCUCGCUCAACUCUUCAAACAAAGUAAAGCUGUCCCAACUCUCGUAUACAAAACAUAAAGCUCUCUCUACACUGUUCCAUCAAACACUCCCAUGGCAGGGACUGCAUAGGGCUAGAUAUUGUGUAAAGCUCCUUCUGCACUGUCCCCCAAACACUCCCAGCAGAGGGAUAGCAUGGGGUUCGAAAACUAUUGCCUGACCCAGAAUUGAGAAUUCUUAACCAUCCUACCAAAACUGACAUUUGGCGUUCGAUCCUUUUGGAGUUUGAGGUGGGCAAUAGAAAUGCCGGCAGUGACAAGGAGAUUCAGCCAGACACACCACUAACCAAAAGGAAAAUAACAUUUCUUUUGCCACGGAACAUGGUGAAAUUACAAUUGAUUAAAAAGUGGCAUGAAAAGGUAGCCUAACGAUGACCAUACAACUGCUGUUGAUUGUCAUUAAAACUCAACUGGUCCUCUCAUGCCCUUUACGGAGAGAAAUCUGCCAUCCUUACCCAGUCUGGCCUACUUGUGGCCCUGGACCCACAGCAAUGUGGUUGACUCUUAAUUGCCCUUUGGGAAAUCAGGGAUGAGCAAUAAAUGUUGGCCUAGCCAGUGACGGCCACAUUCCAUGAACAAGUUUAAAAAAAACAAGAAAAGGGAAGAGCUUCUGUUUCCGAUCUGCAAGUACGUGGGUGUGUGGAAUGUACCAUCUUACCGUGCUUCUGACCUUGUAACCGUGUACUCAAACCACAGGAUGUUUGGAAUCAGACUUGUAUCCCGUAUCAGGAAGAAUUCAGAGACUGGCCUGAAUAAAUGGAGAAAGCAGCAAUUACAAACCUGUUUAAAUCACUAUGGUUAACAUUAGUGCAGCAGAACUGUUACAGACAGUCCCAAUGAGGACAUGCACCCAAAACAUUAACAAAGCUUUUUGCUUUCAGGUGCUAAACCUGAAAAGUUUUUUUGAAACAAAAUCAAGGUCUUUUGCACAGCAGCAGUUGUUUCAGGGUCGAAGGGGCAGAAGAAGUUUUACAAGUCAGUAGUGUUGAGGAACAGUUCUAACCCAGUACCUAUAAAAUACUAUAAGAAAGAGCUGAGCAAACACAUGCUGGUGAAGGAUUUCCUGAAGAAAUGUUUUUAAAUGUUUAGAUUUGCAAAUUCAAUCAUGAUUUUGGAAACUGUAACCCUAUAAUGAAUAUGAAUGGCUUUAAUUAAAAACGUUUUAUUUCCCCAUUUCAACGUGAUGCCCAGGGCACUCACCAUGAAGCUAUCCUGGGGAAUAGCGGUGUUAGUACCUCUUGUGUAAAGAUAAACCAGACUGAUCCCAUGAUGGCACCUGCUAUAACUCCAUAUAUCACUUGGCUCCAGGAAUGGUACAUCAAAUAGACUCUACAAAAAUAAA